AAUAUUUUUUGAGGAUUUAAAAUUAUCGUUAAACAAGACCCGACGUGUCUCCAGUGGUAUGUUUACUUUCGUUUUGGCCAUAGAAUCAUAUUUAAUUUGUUAUUAAAGAGGCAGGAUCAUGCUUUAAAAGGUCAGCAGUAACCUGUGUUUAUUGGAGUGUCCGUGUUUGUAAGUGUGUGCGCGCGGGCGCGAGGAGAGAAAGAGAGGACGGGGGAGUGUGUGUUCGUUUUUGAAGGAGGUUAGUGCUCCACAGACGGUCCGUAAGCAUCGUGUUAACGUGGGUUCGCGACAUAAACGGGAGCGCGCAGCGCUGGACCGUCUGGAACCUGUCGCUGGCAAACGAAGGCAUUUCUACCGUUUAAUUGGGUGAAGAUCAGAUGAAAAAGGAUGGAGCUUGGCAGCAGAACCUGGCCAGAGAGUGCGUGACCACUGAGGAUGGCCUUCAUGAAGAGGUGGCACCAGUGAAGCAAGGAGUGGCAGACACCCAACAGUUUGAUACCUCUAUACCCACCCUGCCAUCAUGACCCUGUUUACCUCCUGAACUUUGCCCUUCUGCUCUGACUGCACCAACGCACGCCAUCCCCCACAGCAGAAGCAGCCAUGGGCUCCAUGUUCCUAUGGAAGCUGUCCUCCCAGAGACUGGGCCUUUUCCUGGUCAGCUUUGGCUUCAUCUGGGGGAUGAUGCUACUGCACUUCACCAUCCAGCAGCGAGCACAGCACGAGAGCAGCACUGCCUUGCGUCAGCAGAUCCUGGAGCUUAGCAAGCGCUAUGUUAAGACUCUGGCCGAAGAGAACCACAGCGUGGUGGACGGACCCUACGUAGGCACAAUGACUGCAUAUGAUCUGAAGAAGACACUGGCUGUGCUUCUGGACAACAUCCUGCUACGCCUGGGGCGUCUUGAGUCCAAGGUGGACAACCUCCUUUUCAAUGCCACCAGAGGGAACCUGACCAAUGGAACCAGCCUCAGCACCACAGCACCCAGUGCCAGCAACACAGAGAAAGUUAAUGUGGCAGAUCUUCUAAAUGGUGCCCAGGAGAAGUGCGAACUGCCGCCCCUGGAUGGUUUCCCCCACUGCAAGGGCAAGCUCAAGUGGAUGAAGGACAUGUGGCGCUCAGACCCCUGCUAUAGCAGCUACGGCGUGGAUGGCUCCACCUGCUCCUUCUUUAUUUACCUGAGUGAGGUGGAGAACUGGUGCCCACUUCUCCCCUGGAGGGUGAUGCACUUCACUGAGGAGGCUGAAAGAAAAGGCCAGACCAAGAUCCGUACCAGCUUCCAGGAGCUGUACCGGGUCAUGUCUCGGAGAGAGGAGUUCCGCUGGAUGAUGCUGCGCAUUCGGCGCAUGGCGGAGCCUUGGGUCAACGCUGUCAGCUCAAUAGCGCAGAAGCAGAAUCUGGCCAAGCAAAAGUGCAAGAAGAUCCUGGUCCACCUGGGCCUGCUGACUAAGGAGUCAGGAUUCAGGAUUUCAGAGAAUGCCUUCAGCGGGGGCCCGCUUGGGGAGCUGGUACAGUGGAGCGAUCUCAUCACCACACUGUAUCUGCUGCGUCAUGACAUCCGUAUCUCAGCCUCACUGAUUGAGCUGAAAGAAAUAAUGAGAAGGGUGACGGGAAACAAGUCCAGUUGCCCUAGCCAGGGGGACAAAGUGGUGGAGCUCAUCUACAUAGAUAUUGUGGGCCUCACCCAGUUCAAAAAGACCCUGGGGCCAUCUUGGGUUCACUAUCAGUGUAUGCUGCGCGUACUGGAUUCUUUUGGCACAGAACCCGAGUUUAACCACGCCCGCUAUGCUCAGUCAAAGGGCCAUAAGACCCCUUGGGGCAAGUGGAACCUAAACCCUCAGCAGUUCAAUACCAUGUUCCCUCACACACCUGAUAAUACUUUCCUGGGCUUCGUAGUGGAGCAGCACCUGAAUGCCAGCGACAUCCGCCACAUUGAUGACAUCAAACGACAAAACCAGUCCCUGGUCUACGGCAAGGUGGACAGCUUCUGGAAGGACAAAACGAAGUACCUAGACAUCAUUCACAGCUACACUGAGGUGCACGGCACAGUUCAUGGCACUAGUACGGUCCACCUACCUGCCUACGUAAAGAACCAUGGUAUCCUGAGUGGCCGAGACCUGCAGUUCCUGCUAAGAGAGACCAAGCUGUUCAUAGGAUUGUCUUUCCCCUAUGAGGGUCCUGCUCCCCUUGAGGCCAUCGCCAACGGCUGUGCCUUUCUCAACCCCAAGUUCAAUCCCCCAAAAAGCAGCAAAAACACAGACUUCUUCAAGGGCAAGCCCACCCUGCGAGAGUUGACCUCCCAGCACCCAUAUGCAGAGGUGUACAUCGGUAAACCCCACGUGUUUACAGUUGACAUCGGCAAUCCUUCAGAAGUGGAUCAAGCAGUCCAGACAAUCCUCAGCCAGAAGAUCGAGCCAUACCUGCCCUACGAAUUCACGUGUGAAGGUAUGCUUCGGAGAGUCAACGCUUUCAUUGAAAACCAGGACUUUUGCCACAGCCAGGUAAUGUGGCCACCACUGAGUGCACUCCAAGUGAAGCUGGCUGAUCCAGGGAAGUCAUGCAAGCAAGUGUGUCAAGAAGAACAACUGAUCUGUGAGCCCUCCUUCUUCCAACACCUUAACAAGGAUCAGGCCUUGACCAGGUACGGUGUGGACUGCCACAGUGUGGAGUCAUCCAGCGACACAACGGUGCCUGCUUACAGCGAGGCCCGCCACCAUUGCAUCUUCCAGGCUGACUUGUUGCUCUUCAGCUGUGCUGGUGCCCACCCCUCCCUGAAGCGCAUCUGCCCCUGUCGGGACUACAUGAAGGGUCAGGUGGCGCUUUGCAGGGACUGCCUCUAGUGUCUCUAGUGCUCCUUCUGCGGCAAGGUCUCUGAGCAGGCCAGCACAGAGAACCCCUGCGGCUCAGCUUGCGUACCCCAAAGAGAUGGCUGGGUAUGACCAUCGCGUCUCCUUGUGUUCCUUACUUGCACAGCUGAGCGUGAAACGUUUGCGUUUCUGAAGCAAGCAUGUCGGAAGACACAAAACGUUGCCGGGUCAGACCCCUGCAGCCAGCUGUGGAGCAGAGGAGCAUUAACAGACCGAUGUAGCGUGAUGUAAAUGAGACCGGGCUGAAAAUAGACCUGUAUCAGCCUGGUAUGCUUAAAUGAGAUGCAUGGGGGACUUGAACCUGGGUUCACUGGUGCUCUCUGGAGUAACUUGGUCCAGACUACAUUGUGUGGAUUUGGAUGCACUUUGCUGCACAGAAGGACCACUCACCAAACUAGAAGUCCAUCGGGGUCUGUCUGUCCCCAGAGGUCUAUGAAAUUAUGACCAUUUUAGAUGUGCAAUCAGGUCUCCUAGGAGGAGAAGCUGACUGAUCAUCCCUGUUAUGAAGACCCCCCUCCACCACACCACAUUCUUCACUGCAGAUGAUGAGUGCAAGUGCAUUAAUUGUUCCAUGUCUGAAAUUCUUUUAUUUGGUGCCGUGAUUUUAAUGCUAAUUGCUAGAUUUUUAUUUAAGCCCAAAUGCGUAUGUUGCAGCGCAGCUUUGGGUGAAGAGACAUACCUGUAAUUGUCUUUCCUCAGGCUCCCUGUCCAGCGCAUAGGUGCUAUAUGACUAACUGCUAUAACUAUGGGUGAAAAAAACCACUGUAUCCUGGGAUUUUAUUCCAUAUGCAUGUGAGAACUAUGGGCAUCAGUCAUCAGCAUUGUUUUAUUAUUGCUACUGUAUUUUUCCACUGGAUAUUUUUUUAUGUCUCAAAAGAUGCGAAGUUGAAAUUUGUCAGUUUACUGUGCGUCAGGGCAAAUAAGUUUAAAACUAAAACUGAAAAAACAUUGGAAACACAAGGGAAGUCCAUAUUUGAGCAGACAGGUGUUUUACAUGCAAUUUCUGUAUUUUUUCUGUCUGUUCAGGGUGGACUGUUACAUGCCUACAUGUAGUCAAUGAUCAUUUACAGUGAGUUACCAAAUCACUGAAUCUUUACGGCCCUGCUUUUGCUUGCUCGUACGAACAGUUAAAUUUGGAGAAGAUGCACUAACAUAUUAGCUGACUGAGAAGACAUGACACUAUAUGUUAUUCAUAUGGGGUUUUAAAUUCUUUUAAAUUUUAUUUGUUAUGCAGAGCUUUGUCACUGGUAAAUUUUUCUCAAAGAAAACCUAUUUUGCUUGUUUGUUUUUUUCAUAUACAAAGACGACUUUUAUUUAAAAAAAAAAAGAUAUUAUUUAUCAUAAUGUUUUAAGUGUGCUGGCCUUUUAAAAUAUGACCUUGGGAGUCAUUUUGUUCAGCUACUCUUAAACUGCAAUGAGAGGUCUGUUUUUUAUGAUUUUUACCUGGGAAAAAGUCUUAAGUACACACACACACACACACACACACACACUGCAGUAUGUGGCAGUUUCUCAACCUAAUCAUAAUUCCUUUUUUUACCAUGGUAUGUAACUUCACUGAGGUAUGAAACCAUCUACUGUCAUCACAAUGCCUGCCAUGCCAGCAUUGUUUGGGUCGCAGUUUGUUUUACUCUAAAUGCCAGCAACAGCCUAAUUUUUUUGCUUAAUUUGCAGUUGGAUGAGUUAUUUCAUUUACAAAAUUAUGUAUAAAGGUUGUAUUUUACCAGUAAUGUUGGAUUUGGUUUUCCCUUCUAACUUUUGAUGCAAUGAGAAUUUGGGUUGGAUGUUUGUAAAUAGGUGAGCAACCUGCAGCCAACCUACUGUUUCCAAGUACAUUAUGUGCCUUUCGCUGGUUAGCAAAUCUGUCCAAACAGCUGCCCAGGAACCCCAUUCACAAUGUCAACUGCUGCUUCUUUCAGACAAGAUAUCAGUCAUGGGUAAAAAAUGAAUAGCAGAGAUACCUUAGACUCCUGGUUUUCAGCAGGCUGUCUGUGCCGUUGUAUACGCUUUCUGCUGGACAGUUAGAGUGUUUUACUCCUCAUUUCAGCCAGUCUGGCUUAGUUACCUUAUUGUUUUUGUUUGUUUGUUUCAUGUUUUAUGGCCAAACAGUAAAAAUUCAUAAUGCUAUACACAACAGAAAGAAUUCUAUUAGAAGACCAUUUGUAGUACAAUUCAUAAAAGAGAGAAUGUCUUUUUUCCUUGGGAUAUUUUAACAGACUGCUAGAAAGUAAUCAGCUGGGUAUUAAGCAUCCUUAUUUGUCAGUGAAUUUAAUUUAUUAUAAAAUUGCAUUUGUUGAACUUUAACAGCUGUCAAAAUGUCUUUGGGGAAAAAAAUUUAGUGUUUUAUGUGGUCUGAGGCCAGUUAUGGAAGUGCUAGAAGAGGUCAGUUGGUUUUAUUGCUGUGUUUAAAGCAGUAUGACACAAGAAAAAAACGACUUGUUUCCAAUCCAUUCUGAUGAAUAUGUGGGACAAAUUUUAUUUUUCAAUAAACUUGUUAUUCUGUGACGAUGAAGUGUCACUCUCACAGGAGUGCUUUGUUUAAAUAUAUAGUGUGUAUAUGUCACCAGCAGUACCAUUAAAAUAUUUACAGUCAAACAUAAAAUUCCACACUCCAACAUGAACAGGGAUUAAUGGUCCACAUAUUGCAUAUGUGCUUACUGGUGUGACUGUGUGGAGGAUAGUGUGGGGGCCUGUGCGAACAGCUCCAAAGACCACUUUAAAAGUAUGGCAAUGCAAAGCUGCUCUAAGGCCAUGACAGGGUCACCUAACUCCUCCUGCCAAGCUUGUAAAAUACUAACCUACAGAUACAAAUUUUCUGUAUUGGUAGAGGUUAGACAUUUCAGCUAUAACUGUUUUCUGGCAUAUAAUGCUGUGCCUGUGUGUCUGUCUGUCUAUCUGUGUGUGCAUGCGCAUAUGUUAGGCCAUGACCUACUUUUUUCAGUUCCAAACAUGGAUAACAGCAGCUUGUUCCAUAGAUGUGCAUAAAUGUUACUAUCCAAAUAAUUUGUAGAUGUUUUAUAUUCAUCUUUAAAAAAAAAAACAUUUUCAAUCAAAAGUUGAUGUUGUAUGCUGUAAAAUAUCUUCAGUAUUUUUUCUGUACACGAGGCAA